AUGUAUUCAUGGGAGUGCGGUUUUGGAAUCAGGUACGGUAAGAGCCGUACAAAUGUCAAAGGUGCUAAAAGCAUGCAAGAGCUGCUUUGCAACUGCGGGGGGAAACCAAAGAAGGCGAACUCUACCUCUUCGAGAACAGAGUGUCCAGCGAUGAUUAGAUUGCUGAGAACUGAAGAUGAUGGCUGGUACAUAUGUGAGUAA